CUCCUACCAACAAUCUUGACAAGACAUCGACGAAACCCUCGAAGCAGUCCCUUACGAUCCCAAAUACUCUACAUCAGCUGUCUGGUAGAUUAUCUACCUCAAUCCCGCGACCGUUGGCGACGAAGCCCAAGAACAGGAUCCCAAUCAAUCUGCACCCCGCAGCGCAACGACCGCAAAUAUGUCUUUGACAAAUUGCCGAUUCUAUGAGGAGAAGUAUCCGGAGAUUGACAGUUUUGUCAUGGUCAACGUAAAGCAGAUUGCGGAAAUGGGAGCCUAUGUCAAACUUCUCGAAUACGACAACAUCGAUGGCAUGAUUCUGCUCUCCGAACUAUCGAGACGUCGUAUCCGAAGUAUCCAAAAGCUUAUCAGAGUUGGGCGCAAUGAGGUUGUGGUGGUUCUAAGAGUAGACAAAGAGAAGGGGUAUAUUGAUCUCUCAAAGCGAAGGGUGUCUCCAGAAGAUAUCAUCAAAUGCGAGGAGAGGUACAACAAGAGCAAGAUGGUCCACUCGAUUAUGCGACAUGUAGCUGAAAAGACUCAACACCCAAUCGAAGAUCUUUAUGAGCGCAUUGGCUGGCCACUGAACAAGAAGUACGGACAUGCGGUAGAUGCUUUCAAGCUCUCAAUAACAAAUCCUGAUGUGUGGCAAGAAGUGUCAUUUCCGAACGAUGUUGUUGCCGAGGAACUGAAAUCCUAUAUCGGAAAGCGUCUUACACCCCAACCUACAAAAGUUCGAGCAGAUGUCGAGGUUACGUGUUUUGGAUAUGAAGGAAUCGAUGCCGUCAAGACUGCACUCCGAACUGCUGAGGCCCGAAAUACCCCUGAUAAUCAGGUGAAGGUUAAGCUCGUCUCGCCACCGCUAUACGUCCUUACAAGUACAUGUCUAGAGAAGGCUGUCGGAAUCCAAACACUAGAAGCGGCGAUCGUUGAUAUCCGGAGCAAUAUCGAGGGAGCGGGUGGCAACUGUAUCGUGAAGAUGGAACCUAAGGCGGUCACAGAGAAUGAUGAUGCUGAGCUGCAGGCACUGAUGGAGAAGCGGGAGAGAGAAAAUGCAGAGGUCAGCGGAGACGAGAGCAUGAGUGAAAGUGACGAGAAUGUGGUGGAGGUGAUGUAGAGGGUUCUAGGGGAUGAAUCAAAAGCAUUGUGAUUAAGGCUUGCAUUGCGGGCGUAAAGAAGGGCUAUAGAGCCAAUGACGCAGUAGACUAGUCCAUCUUAAGUUUUGUAAGAAGCCAUAAGGUAUGAAAAAUCGUCAAACUCUUCAGCCUUUGUUUGAUUGCUUUUUCAAAUGCGAGGCUGGAUCGCAAGGCUGAGCCGAG